AUGUCUCGUCCUCAAGUUACCGUUCAAUCUCUAACCGGUGAAGCUACUUCUAGCUCUUUGCCAUUGCCAGCUGUGUUCAAUGCUCCAAUCCGUGCUGACAUUGUGCACUCUGUGUUCGUUUCUGUGAACAAGAACAAGAGACAAGCUUACGCUGUCUCUGAGAAGGCAGGUCACCAAACUUCUGCCGAAUCUUGGGGUACCGGUCGUGCUGUUGCCCGUAUUCCAAGAGUCGGUGGUGGUGGUACCCACAGAUCCGGCCAAGCUGCUUUCGGUAACAUGUGUCGUGGUGGUCGUAUGUUUGCUCCAACCAAGACCUGGAGAAAGUGGAACGUCAAGGUUAACCACAACGAGAAGCGUUACGCCACUGCAUCUGCCAUUGCUGCAUCUGCUGUUGCUUCUUUGGUGUUGGCUAGAGGUCACAGAGUUGAAAACAUCCCAGAGAUCCCAUUGGUUGUCUCUAACGAGUUGGAGUCUGUCAAGAAGACCAAGGAUGCUGUUGCUGCUUUGAAGGCUGUUGGUGCCCAGGCUGACCUGGUCAAGGUGCUGAAAUCCAAGAAGUUGAGAGCUGGUAAGGGUAAGUACAGAAACAGAAGAUGGACCCAGAGAAGAGGCCCAUUGGUUGUGUACUCUGAGGACAACGGUAUUGUGAAGGCGUUCAGAAACGUUCCAGGCGUCGAAACCGCUAACGUUGCCUCUUUGAACUUGUUGCAGUUGGCUCCAGGUGCUCACUUGGGUAGAUUCGUCAUCUGGACCGAGUCUGCUUUCGCUAGCUUGGACAAGAUCUGGGGUUCCGAGACCGUUGCCUCUGCCAAGUCCAACUACGCGUUGCCAGCUAACAUCAUCACCAACGCCGAUGUCACCAGAAUCAUCAACUCUUCUGACAUCCAGUCUGUUGUUAGACCAGCUGGUCAGGCUACUCAGAAGCGCACUCACGUCUUGAAGAAGAACCCAUUGAAGAACAAGCAGGUGUUGUUGAGAUUGAACCCAUACGCUAAGGUUUUCGCCGCUGAAAAGUUGGGCUCCAAGAAGGUUGAGCAGUCCGCUCAAAAGCCAGCCGACGUCUUCACUCAAACUUUGAAGCACGACUAA